CCUUUUGUCAUACUCAUGACCGUCUCCCUCCCCCCCUCAAAUGCAGCUCAGAGCCAGUAUGUGAAGGCAGCUGAGAUUAGUCUCUCAGGAUCUUCUCUGGUCUCUGUCCUAAUCAUGGAUUUUUCUGUCUACCUCCUGACUCUGCUUGCUCUCCUCACUCAGUGCACAGCUCAGUGGUGUUACCAGAGUCAGUACUCCUGUGACGACACAUGUAGAGACCCUAGCCACUGGGCAGCUCAGUUUCCCAGCUGUGGAGGAUUACGCCAAUCACCGAUUAACAUUGUCACCAACAAAGUGCACGUCAACAGCGCCCUGCCACCCUUCGACUUCAUCGGUCACACCAACACAAUCAACAUUACAGUGGAAAACAAAGGACACUCUGCUCACUUUGUUCUACCACAGUCGGUCCGACUGACGGGAGGAGCUCUGCCUGGUCACUACAGAGCCGCCCAGUUUCACUUCCACUGGGGAGGUAAUGGAAGACCAGGAUCAGAGCACACCAUUGACGGAGAGAGGUUCCCCAUGGAGCUUCAUAUAGUCCACAUCAAGGAGCCGUAUGGUUCUCUAGCAGAGGCAGAACACGAUAUGGCGGGUAUAGCUCUGCUUGCCUUCCUGUUUGAGGAAUCGACUGAUGAUCAUCCUAAUUUGGACCCAAUAAUAUCUGCUUUGGGUCGAGUACAAAACAAUGGCAGCAGCACAAUGAUCACAAACUUUCGACUCAGCGACUUUAUCCCGUCAUCCAAUGAGCUCCACAGUUACUACCGCUAUGUGGGCUCCAUGACAACUCCGGGAUGUGAACAGGCAGUUGCCUGGACAGUGUUUCACAGGACCCUGUCCAUCAGCAGUCGACAGCUGGACGCAAUAGUUCAGCAGUGUCGAUUCUGGACGGGACAGCCUAUGACCGACAUCUUCAGACCCACGCAGCCUCUGGACGGCAGAGUCGUGUACAGGUCCAAGGCGAGUGCAGCUCUGAAGAGUGUGAUCCACGUGUGGUUCUGCGUUUUCUCAGCUGUGCUCGGGACAACGGGUCUGAUACAUUGACUCAGCACAUGACAAAAAAACACCUGAUUUAAGUGACAAAAGCUACCGUUUGUAUAAAGGCAACUUUUUACCUGUGUGAUAGUGAAACAACAACCUGUUAAUUAUGUUCAUGGUUAUUCAUUAAACAAAAUGUCAACUGCAUUUGCACAUAAACUACGGCCUGCUGAAUAAUUGCUGUGACAGUGAGACAGUGAGAGUUAUUGUGCAAAGUGAAUGUUUUAUUUUCCUCUGGUGGUUUCUGGUAACAUCUUUACACAUUAGUAUUGUCUUAGUAUUGGUAUUAUUCACACUUAACAUUCACUCACAUUGUACAUUUAUUUAAAAAUACUAGAGAUGAAAAUGCAUGGCUGUAGUUAUGACAACUGGAUUGGAUGUUUUGUUAUGAACUCUGGUACAGACAUUCAUGUCCCCUCAGGAUGAUUUAAAAUAACUUUUAAUGUAGCUCAAUCAUCUGGUCGACUUUUGAAUUUGUCCAAUACUUUUUUUUUUUUUUUAAAUGACCUAUAAACACUAACUAAUACUAAGUGCAUUCCCAUCUGCCUCAGCUAGCACUAAUUAACAAAUGUUAGCAUGCAACCAGAUUGAGUAACAUUGUCUUUGCGAGUAUAUUAGUAUGCUGUCGUUAGCAUCCUUAUUUUACUUGUUGUUAGGGGUUAAUAUUUUAUAUUCGCACAGUUAGACUUUACAUUAACUCUAAUCAGCUUUUAUGUGUUUUUCAGUGUAAUGAAUAAAAAGUGUAGAAUUAGGGGGUUUACAAUAAGUUCUUUUUCCUCCUGACAGUUACAAGCUGAGGAAGUUAGAAGUAAGAUUAGAAGAUUAAGGCGUUUCUUACAUGUACUCUACACUUGUUUAUUUGUGUGAAGGCAAAGCGAGUUAUAAAUGUACAUAAACACCUGUGAUUCUCUGCCAGAGUAACAACAUCUUCUCUGUUCCUGCUUAUGAUUAUGACCCUCUAAUGCGUUGCUUUGUAUAUAAUCAUCGUUUAUGAAAUAGAGAAAUGUGCCAUCAUAUUAACAGGGGGAAUUUAUUUGAACUUGUGUGGAAUUACCAAUGAGACUUAAUAAUUUUACAUUAGGAAAACUGUAUUUUUGAUUUUAAGGGAUAAUAUUGAUUGUUGAUUUAAUGUCAAUAAAAUCUGAUCACUUGU